UGAAAAGGUUAAGAAAAAAAUCGAUCUCGUGUGGAAAGAAGAUGGCUCCGAAGAAAUUUAGCAAACGGAAUCACCAGCCCAAAGGCCCAUACUACUUCUUCAUGAUGGAGUUCAAGAAGAAGCAGGAAGGUGCCGGACACGUCUUCCGUCGCGGGAUGCACGAGGUGCAGCAGCGGGCGUCGCCCUACUGGAAUUCAAUGACCAACGAGCAGAAGGAACCCUACCAGAAGAUGGCCCAAGAACACAGGGAGUGGCUGCGUCAGAACAGCGAAAAGUAUACCUCUCAGGGCAUACCGCUGGCAAUGGUAGAAGCAGAGCAGAAGGCCAAACAGGCCAAGGGAGACCUGAUCAAGAACACGGUCAGCGACAUGCUGGACGAGGUCGUGGCCAAUAAUGAACUGGAAAAACUGGAGUUCUACUUCAUCUCGUUUGCCUACUUCUGCGUGACAUCCGGAGGCACCUACAUCCCGGCCGAAAUGGGUUUGGUGCGGUACAGCCUGAAGGACGGCGUCAUGGACAAACUGCACAUGUUCAUCGAUCCGGGAAAGCUUCCCCUGGGCAUGGCAUACGAUGCCAAGCAACACUCGGAGAGUGAUCACCAGCUUCCGAUCCCUCCGGACGCCAAGGGGGAAAAGGACAACGACGAAAUCAUCCUGAAGCUGUUCAGCUUCCUGUCCCAGCAGGAGAAGAUGCCUCCGUUGUUCACCGAGACCAACGACAUCCGGAUGGUGGAGAACAUCCUGAAAGGAAUCCUGAACCAGGGAUCGAUGGACGAGAAUACCCUGCUGGUCUGUCCUCUGUCGGAGCUGUUCUAUCAGCUGAAGCGAGCUACCGAAAGCUUCGAAAUGGACAUCAAGACCUUCCCCUCGGUACACAUCGCCCAGGCCAUCAUCCAGAAGGACGUCUACGAGUACACCAAGGACAUCUCGUGCGAGUUCCACGAGGAUCAGGGCAACGGCAAGUAUUGCCCUCUGUCCCGGUGCGUCCGCUGGGCCUACAUCAUAUCGGACAGCUGCUGUCUGGAUUUGAGUAUCGAGAUGAAACCGGGUCGCCAUCUGCCGAUGAACGCGGACACUGCCCUGUGCAACACGACCGAGAUUUGCGACACCAGCUCGUACAUCAGCAACCAGAUGGACAACUGUUCGUUUGUGUCCGGACAGCUACCCAAAAAAAUGGUGUAA